CCCCCCUCUCAUACCUGAAUACCUUCCCUUCUCCAUCUGACCGGCAUGGCGGAGGAUAAAACGUUUCGCUAUGGGCUCAUUGUACUGGGAUUUUUUCUGAUCAUGAUUGGCAUGUUCAUUAUGAGUGUGGAUAAGCCCCAAAUAUACAUCACCUUCUGCUGUAUUGGGGUGUUCCUGAUAUUUAUCGGAGUCACGUGGAGCAUCUGUCAGUGCUACCCUAAGAUUACCUUUACUCCUGUGGAUAUGGAAGCUGUACCUUUGGCAGAAAAGUCUGAACUUGCAAUCCCAGCCAAACAGUGGUCUACCACACCUUACACAAGCAGUAAAGAGGCAGAGCGCUAUGAGGCCACCUUGCCUUCUUAUGAACAGAUUAACAUUAAGGUGGAGGAACUCGGGGAACCUCAAGGAAACCAGUCAGUUCUACCUUUCCCACAACCUGUGUUGGUAGACUUUUCACAGCCAAAGUUGCAAGCCAAGGUGGAAAUACACAGGAAUUCAAUUGGAAAAGAAGAACAUGCAAUGGUGGAAGCCAUCUGCCAGUCUGCCCCUCUUGCCUGUCUAAAAGAAGACACCACUAUAACAACAUCGGAGAAGACAAGCACAGGAAGUAGUGCGUCCUCUUUGCACAGCUGUGAGGACUGGCAGCAACAGAAGCAGGAUGUCGCUGUGCAGUUUGGAGGUCCACUCUGUGGAGAUGGGUUUAAUCUUAUAUAUGGUCCUGUGUGUGAUGGAAUAGCAAUGAUAGAUUCACCUUUGUGUGAAGCCAGCCAGCCACACAUAGAAGGAGGAAGCCUCCAUAUCUCCCGCCACGAUGACAAUAACACUGGUGAAGAAGAGGCAGAGGAAACCUCCCUAACUCGGGGAUCCGCACAAGACCAUGAAGCAGAUGAUCUUUAUUAUGGAAUGAAAGAUGAAACUGACAAUCUAAUGCCGGUGUUUGAAUCAGAAUUUGAACAUUAACUAUAGAAUGAUUUCUUAUCUGGAUAAGUAAAACC